AUGAUCGAUGUUCUUGUUGUAAAUUAUGAAGAAUUUGGCAGAAUGAGUUUGAGGUUCAAAGAAGUGAUAGAUUCAGAAUCGGAGGCGAAGAUCCCUCGUCCUUUGGAUUUAGGAAGGCGACAGACGUUGGAUCUCGGAAACGGAAGCGAAAUCGUCUAUAUUAGCAAGUUCGUGUCCUCUGAUCAGGCUUGGACCUGGUUCGAUUUUCUCAAUCAACACAUUCCAUGGACUAGACCGACGAUUCGCGUCUUCGGUCGCUCCGUCGUCCAGCCUAGAGAUACUUGUUACGUUGUGAAUCCUGGAUUGACGACAUAUAGUUAUAGUGGGUAUAAACCUCAUGCCUAUACUUGGGAUGAUUUUCCUCCUCUUAAGGACAUUUUGAAUGCUGUUCACGAAGCUCUACCGGGGAGUAGUUUUAAUAGCUUACUAUUGAAUAGAUAUAAAGGUGGAAAUGAUUAUGUGGGUUGGCAUUCUGAUGAUGAAAAGCUUUAUGCAUUGAACCAGGAGAUUGCUUCUGUAUCAUUUGGAUGUGAGCGAGAUUUCUUGUUGAAAAAGAAGUCCAACAAAACUUCUCAACGUAUGCGGUCUAGUUCAUCUGUUUUCUCGUCUUUGUUCUGA